AUGGGUUCCCUCAUCACAAGCGAUGUCUCUAACCAGGGCAACCCAAAAGAUGGUAUCCCCUGGUAUCUCGACACGCUCGAAACCAUUCCCCCACUGGCUGAGCGUGUCCUCAUAGAGCAUGCAGGCUUGAAGCCAGAGCAAGUCAGAGAUCACAUCAUGAUGAUUCGCGAGAAAGCCUGGACGUCAUCCCCGUACCCUUGCAUCGGGUUGUUUCGUUUCUUGGACUUUUCCCUUCCGGACUCACCUCUCUACGGAGAGGUGCUGCAGCGUCUCAAGGACGGUGAAAAGCUCAUCGACUUUGGUUGCUGCUUCGGCCACGACAUUCGAGCCUUGGUUACCGACGGAGCGCCUGCCGAGAACAUCUGCGGCGCAGAGCUCAACUCGACGUUUCUGGACCUUGGGUUUGAGCUCUUCUGCGAUCGUGACAAGAUCAAGUCCUCGUUUUAUAGUGUCAACAUCUUCGAAGAGGACGACCAGCUUCGUCGGGAGAGGUCGCAUCAGUUCGACAUCAUCCACAUCGGUUCUUUUCUUCACCUUUUCGACUUGGAAGGCCAGAAAAAGGCAGGAGCCGCACUCCUCAAGCUGCUCAGGCUCCAGAAGGGGGCUCUGAUUCUUGGGCGACAGCAUGGGGCCACAAUAGCCAAAGAGGUGCCGAACUAUCUCUACAAACCGACCAAGGAAAACGAGAACAACGGGCGUCUACCCAGCUUCUUCAAUCAUGACUCGGGAAGCUUUGUGGAGAUGUGGAAUGAUAUCGGAGAGCAAGCCGGAUUGAAGUUUGAGGUUCGAACCGAAUGGGGAACUUGGGGCUCCGCCAACAGCAUGGGUCCGACAUAUUAUAAUCUCUGGUCUUGGGAGGACAAGGAUACAUUGCGCUUCAAGUUCUGGCUGCGCGUGCUUUAG